AGUAGUUUUAUUUUAUCAUAUAAUCUGUACAGAUAUAAAAACAAUCUGCAUUAAACAAAACGCUGAAAAUAAAAACGCUGCGUAAUGUUAGUUAGCUUCAAAUACAGCUUAUCAGACAUGAAUAAGCAAAACAUAGUCAUUAUUAAUUAUGUAAUUCAUACUUACUAUCAAAAUUUACACAAUAUAUUUACAAAUUGCGCAGAUAAUUCAACUGUCAAAUCAUACAGUGUUUAUAUACCAGUCGCCCUAAAUAAUGCUAGUGCCAUUUAUACUACUACUUUGUGCAACGUGCUGGUUGAUCAUUUACCUAAUAGGUCAACACAAUGAAAAAUACUGGAAGAAAAAAGGACUGAAAUUCCACCAAAAAAACAAAGUUACAGGUGUGUUCGGUGAAUUCUUGACAUCAGACAAAGCAAUGUUUAAAAUUAUUAGUGACAUAUAUAAAAAAUAUCGUAACGAACCGGCUGUUGGGAUUGGCGGGUUCUUGACCCCAACUUUACUAGUGAACGAUGAAACGAAUAUCCAAAAUGUAUUACAAACGGAUUUCAAUUCCUUCAACCAUCGAGGUUUUGAGAUCAAUGAAGGAGAUCAUCUGGCUGAUAACCUUGUGUUCAUGAAAGGUAACAGAUGGAAAUUAGUACGGCAAAGUAUGACACCCGUCUUUACCAGCGCAAAACUUAAGAAGAUGUUCUACAUCAUGGAUAAGAGCGGAAAAGACUUCGUUUCGUAUGUGAAGGAUAAUCCAGAAAUACUGAAAAACCAACCAUAUGAAACCGUGUCAACGUUCUGUUGCGCAGCCAUCGGUGCUGCGGUGUUUGGAAUUGUUUCAGAAUCAGUUUUUGAAUCACCAUUUUUGGAUAUAGCUAGAAGAGCUCUCAAACCAUCAGUUAGGAAUGCUCUCAAACUUGCCAUCGUAAAUUUAAGCCCGUGGCUGUCGAAUAUAUUAAACAUAAAACUAUUUUCGGAUUACGAAUCCUUUUUCAUUGGCGCAAUGAAAAGGCUCAUACGGCAAAGGGAAAAGGAAAGCGGACAGAAACACGAUUUUGCUGACAUUUGUGUUAGUUUACAGAAAAAUGGUACUUUAAAGGAUUCAGAAACAGGAUUGGAGCUGGAACCCACAGAUGAGCUGUUAUCAGGACAAGCUUUCUUCUUCUUUAUAGCUGGUGUUGAUCCCAGCGCUGCAGCCAUUUACGCCUGUUUACUGCAAUUAGGGAGACAUCCCGAGCACCUUGAGAAAGUCCAUAAAGAAAUAGACAUGGCGUUUGAUAAACUCAAUGGUCAACUAACGUUUGAAUCUGUAAUGGAAAUGGAACACUUAGAAAAGGUGUUGUGUGAGAGUUUGCGACUAUUGCCACCCAUUGGAUCUUUGGUUAGGCAAUGUAUUAAAGACACUGUUUUACCUAUAGGCAAUAUAAAGAUAGAAAAAGGCACGAAAGUGUUUGUGUCUGUAUAUGAUUUGCACAAUGAUCCUAAAUAUUAUCCUAACCCAGAAAUAUUUGACCCGGAGAGGUUUGCAUCAGAAGCAGCGCGUAAUGGCCACAUGUAUAUGCCAUUUGGCAAAGGGAACAGACAGUGUAUUGGAAUUAGGUUCGCCCGACUUCAGGUUAAAACUGGAUUGAUACAUUUCCUACGUCAUUACAGUGUUAAAGCCAAAAUAGACGGAAGAGAACUUCGAUUCAGAAAAGAACAAGUGCAAGUAAGGACUUCUAACGUAGAGAUUGAAUUUAUACCAAGAAAAAUUAAAAACUUGUAAGUACUACAAAGGUUAUAAAAUGUAAGCCUUUAUUGCAAGCUAUUGUGUAGAAUAUUACUCAAUAAUAUUUCGAUGUUUGUUAAUAACUUUUUCAUUUGUGAUAAAAAGUUUUGUAAACAUUCUUAACGUGAGAGAGCAUAGGUAAGUAGUUAGUAGCGUAAUUUCAAUUUUAUAAGGUAUAUUAUUUUUAAUUAAUAAAAAUAAAAACGUGUAGUCAAUUUA